GGAAAGAAAACUCCAUCCAAUACCGGGGCGUUGAGGCAUUGUCAUUUGCUCCUCUCUCUCACUCAGUGGCAGCAACACACCCCCACACCCGCACUCCCCAAACACGCACGCACGCACGCACGCACGAGGCGAUCAGCCCUGACCCCCCCCCCCCCACCACAGUUGAAGUACAACGGACACACCAAUCGACCUUUUGCAACGCAACGGCAACGCGGUUUUUCUUGUGUGUUUUCUUUCUGCCCUUUUCCAUACCGCGUGUUUUCCCAUCCUCUGUUUCUGCUGUGUCAGCGCAGACAAACAGCGUGUCGUGCACGUUGAUUCGUGUGUCGUCCGCCGGCGCGAUCGCAAUGCACACCGCCACGUUCACCCACUGCCUCUCUUCGCGUACGGUGGCCGCCGGUGUUGCUGUCGCGAGCUCGCGUUGCCGCCUCCGCACCUUCGCCGGCAUUGCCACCCCCACCGGUAGUGAUGGCGCGCUCUUCUCGACGGGCCCGACUCUUCGCACGGUCCGACGAGACGUGCCCUGCGCACUUCACCCACGCGGUCCUUUCAUUCCGUCCCUGGUGGCACAGCAGGCAGGUCUGUUUACGAAUGCAAAGAAGUCCUUCGCCCGUGGCACCGAGGAGGAACUGAAAGCGCGCGGCGAGGCGGAGCUGAAGACAUCGCAGGAGUUCCUGCGCAGGCCGGUGGAUGACGAUGGCCGCAACGCACCGCGCGCCCGUGACGUGGAGACGCAGCUACCCUCCCUGAAGCAGCUGAACGAGGAGCUGCCCUCUGCCGCAGAGCUGGAGAAGGCGUUAAAAGAGGGCAAGAUGGAGGCGUUUGCGAUGAAGCCGGAGAAGGAUGAGGAGUGA